AUGAAAUUUCUAUUGGUAUCCCUCUUCGCGGCCCUGGUGGCCCAAGAGGUCUCUGCUGCUUUCAUCUCAUCCGAGGUCUCGGGAAUGAGCGACGUUGGCUCUGGACCAGCAGUGAAAUACGACUAUGAUAUGGAAGUUCCAGGCAGCGCAACGAAAAAGUGUGCUCUGGUCAACAUUGUCAUGGAUGAAUCUGGUUCUAUGACCACAGAACAAACUUUCCUGAAAGAUACUGCCAUUCCAGACAUCGUUUCAGCACUUUACACCCCAACAUAUGGCUACUCUGACGUCUUCGUCUGCUCUAACGGAUUUGGUGGAUACGAAGACACAGAUGUCUAUGAUUACCGCUACGUUGGCUGCACUAAGGGCAAUGCCAACGGUAGCUUAAUGGAUAACAGUAUUACCAAUUGGAAUGUCCGCGGACAUUGGGAAGAAGGUUACUACGCCAUGUCGAAGAGUAUGGAAAACCUCCCACAAGUCAUUGCUAGUGUGAACUUGAAUACCGAAUGUUCCGAGCUCCACAAGAAUAUGAUUUUGGUUUCCGACGAGGAUCGUGACGCUGAAAGUUGGAUCACAACUCCAAAUAUGAUGAGGCAAGAGAUCAUUGACCAUGGCUACAUCUUGAAUAUUGUUGUUGAUUCCACCAUCAAUGCAGACCAUGACAAUGUUGGCAUGCAAGUGAACUCAGCCAACAGGAAUACGAUCUUCAGAGCUGAUGGAAGUGGAGGAUUCACGUCUUUUGACAAGAACGAACCCUACACAACCUUUGUUGCACACGAAGACCUCGGUGUUUACACCCUUGAUCACUACUAUCCCCUCAUCAUUGGCACUGGUGGUGCAGCAUGGAACGUUAAUAGUCUACGAGAAGGAGUAGCCAACAACGCCAACUUGAAGCUUUCAUUCGCUGAUGCUUUUGUGAAGACCAAGGUUCAAGAAAUUAUUGACAACUGUUCUGGUAAUACUUGUGGCGGCGGUGGUCGUUCCGAAAUCGGCGGAGAUCCCCACAUCACUACUUGGAAAAACGAGCACUAUGAGUACCAUGGACAGUGCGAUCUUGUAAUGAUGAAGGAUGACGAGUUUGCUGAUGGGCUCGGAUUGGAUAUGCACAUCCGUACGAAGGUUGUGCGACACUGGUCUUACAUCCAAAGUGUUGCGAUCCGAAUUGGAAAUGAUGUAAUUGAGAUCGAAGGAUCUGCGGAUCGCGAGGAUCAAGAAGCUCACUACUGGUAUAACUUCGAGCACCAAGGUGAAGCUGAGGAUCUUGCUGGAUUCAAACUCAUCUUCAAGAAGCAAGUAGCUUACAAGCGGCAAUACAUUGUUGACUUGAGUCCCAGGUACCCUGGAAAGCAGAUAGUGAUCCAACUUUUUAAGGAAUUUAUCCGAGUUAAGUUCGAUGGAAGCGAAGAAGCCUUCGGCAACACUGCUGGCCUUAUGGGAGACUUCAAGACUGGAAAGACCCUUGCCCGUGACGGUGUUACGGAAUUGAAUGAUUACACUGCCUUUGGAGAAGAAUGGCAGGUCCUUCCAGCAGAUGGAAAUCUGUUCCACGUUGCUACACAUCCACAGUUCCCGGAGAAGUGCCUCGAACCUGAGGAUCCUCGCGGCGAGCGCCGAAGACGCUUGGGAGAGUCCAAGAUUUCAUAUGAGCAAGCGGAAGCUGCGUGCUUCAGUGCCUUAUCAGAUCCUCUGUCUAUCAAGGACUGUGUGUAUGAUAUUCUGUCAACUCAAGAUUUGGACAUGGUCGGGGCAUUCUAG